AUGUCAUUUAGAAGAUCAAGAUCACAAUCUCCAACGAAGGGAUAUUCUUUUCCUGACCGAACACCGCUCUCGCUGAAGGAUUCAAAUGUGUAUGGCUCAGAUCCAGAUGAUUAUAACAAGAAAUUACGCUCUAAAUUUGAGGAAACAUUAAAAAUUUGUGAUUUAGCACCUGAAACGAAGGAGAACAUCUUUCCAUUCGUGGGCAGGCAACAAGAAGAUCAACACAUACCGUCUGAGAACGUUUUUGAUGAUAAGAUACCACAAAAACUUUUGAAACGACAAAGACGACCAUUGCAUGAUCUCAGUAUAAUGGAUUACCCUGGGUAUGCUCAAGUACUCCAGUCUCGAAAAAGUUCCGGCGUCUUAAGUCCUAAAUCGCAGCUCAUGAACUCGUGGAUAUUGAAGUUCGGUCCUUCAAGAAGACAUUCAACAAGGACUCCAAAGAUUCGAAUGCCAUCUUUUGUUACACCUCCAAAGAAAAGCGGUCUCCGGUUCAGAUAUAUUUCGUCUCUUGAUCAAAGAAAACAUCGUUUUCGGGUGACAGAUACGGGGCGUCCAUCGAAUGUAAAUGUGAUCGAUUACCCUCAGAGGGGAAUGGAUUCAAGAAUUUUGACGUAUGAUGCUGAUUUCGCAGAAGCCAAAAGAAGACUUAAAUUUCCUAUUUAUGAUGACAAUAUCAGAAACUAG